AUGUCUCGCAAUAUGGCCCCCGAGGUUCCUACAGUAGACGUAGUCCACCAGCCGAAGACACAAGAAGACAAGACAUCUGCCGAUCAAGUUGACGUCGCGUCUUCUCUCGAAGGGAAGGGAAGUCUUGAAGAAACAGCGGUGGUAGCAAGCCCGGGCAUUAGACGACGCAAAGGGAUAGCCUUUGUCUCGUCGAUCAGCAAGAAUGAGCCUGUAGUGACCAGAAGGGAACUUUGGAGCUAUUAUUUAUAUUACAAUGGCGACAAUGGAGUCGGUCCAAAUGGAUUCUCCAUGACGCUUUUUCAGUCGUUAGCCUUCGCAGCAGGCUUUGAUCCAGUCAGAGGACCUGGUUUUGCAUGCGACGCUGAAGGUGCUUCAGGCCAGUGUGUACUCCCUUGGGCUGGCGGCACCAAGGCCGUUUCCAGCGUCGUCCUAGUUGCCAAUGGCGUCUCAUUCGCGGUCAUGACUCUUAUUUUCACGACCAUCGGGUCCGCUGCCGACUACGGUACCUUUGGGCGGUGGUUGCUCCUGGUCAUCACCUGCAUCUGCUGGGCCGCCCAGUUCGCUAGUAUGAGCCUGACUACUCCCAGCAGAUGGCCUGUUGCUAUGGCUUUAUACAUGAUAGGUUUUAUAACGUACGGCGCGACGUUGGUAUUCUAUGCAGCUGCGUUCCCUCGGCUGGCUCGCAAUACACCCCAUGCACGUAUUCUCAGAGAGAAAUAUGAUGCAGGCGAGAUCGAUCGUGAAACUUAUGAAGUUGAAGAAAGCAUGGAGAAGAAUCGUAUUAGCAAUAUUAGCACGACGCAUAGUAACAUCGGCUACAUCGUCACUCUAUGCCUCAAUUUAUCGGUGUUGCUCCCCCUCAAGGGCCACCCGCUUGUCAACAACUACACCCUCGUAUUAACGAAUGGCUACUGGGUGCUAGUUGGUAUAUGGUGGUUCAUUUUCCAGCAACCCCGGCCAGGACCACCCGUCCCGCGGGGAGAGCAUUAUCUCACCAUUGGGUGGAAACAAAUCUGGAAGGCCCUCCAAGAAUACAAGCGGCUACCAUUCACGUUCGUUUACUUGUUUGCGUUCUUCCUGUUAGCCGACGGACUCAACACCACGGGGACACUGGUGUCAAUAUGCCAGAACGAUAAAUUCUCGUUCAGCUUCCUUGAAAAUACCUAUCUGGGUCUCGCUCAGGCUAUCACGUCCACGAUGAGUACGCUUGGCUUCUGGUAUAUCCAGAGGUAUUGGAAGAUCAGCACGAAGAAAAUGUUUGUUGUGACUAACGUCGUGACCAUGCUCAUUCCACUAUGGGGAAUGUUGGGAAUAUGGACUACGAAGAUUGGAUUCCAUAAUGUUUGGGAGUUUUGGGCAUAUAACGUUGUAUUCGGACUCUUCCAGGCACCCUACUACGCUUUUUCCCAGACCAUGAUGGCAGAGCUCACUCCUCCCGGAUUCGAUAACAUGUUCUUUGGCCUCUUUGGAUUAUCCAACCGCGCCUCAUCUAUGAUUGGUCCGAACGUCAUCCAAGCUAUUAUAGACCGUAGUGGGAGCAACUGGAUGGGCUUUCCGUUUCUUUUUGCGCUAUGCGCCUGCGCCUCGAUCGUUAUUUGGCUCUUUGUUGAUGUUCAUAAGGGGCGCCGGGAUGCAUUAGCGUGGGCAGAGAGUAUGAGGGCUGAUGAUGAGGGCUUGAAGGAUACAUAG